UACUACAUAAAAGUAGGUGCCUAUUGCUCUGAGCACAGAUAUACAUGGGUGUACAUAAAGUGUCCAGUAAGAGCUGGAACAACUCACCCCCUGACCUGACUGGCCUGAUAAUCUGAUAUAGUGUUUCAGUUUUUAUACAUCCAACCAAUCACAGUUGCGAAUAUUUUCUAACCUUACUAAAUCAGAAAGACGAAUUUGUUGGCGAACUGAUUUUUAAAUACUUUAUUUUUAAGUUACAUAUUUUUGAAGAUGAGCUACAUCAGCACGAUGACCCAACUGAAUUAGUCUGUUAUUUGUAAGUAAACAUUAUGAAUCACACUGCAGAUACAAUAAUAACGUUUCUGUACGAUGUCGGUGAAACGAAUACGACAAAUGAAACGUACUCGCCUCCUUAUAUACCCAAUUCUUCAGAAAUCAGGACCUUGCUGAACAUAACAAGGGACGUACCCUUCAAAUACGCGAUGCCAUUGUUUGGCUACAUCAUGCCAUUCUUACUGCUGAUUACAAUCGUGGCCAAUACUCUCGUCGUAGUAGUGCUGGCACAACGACACAUGCGUACUCCGACCAAUUUGGUCCUUCUGGCUAUGGCCAUCUCCGACUUAUUAACGUUGUUGUUUCCGGCUCCUUGGUAUUUCUACAUGUAUACCCUUGGUAACUACAAUAAUGUAUUGUUUCCCAUCCCAGCUUGCUAUUGCUACCAUUACAUGUAUGAAGUGAUACCCGCGUUCUUCCACACCGCUUCCAUCUGGCUCACCCUCGUCCUAGCUGUUCAGCGCUACAUCUACGUGUGUCACCCGACAGUUGCCACCACCUGGUGCACUGUCCCACGUGUUGUAAAGGCCAUGGUUUCCGUGUACCUCGUAGCUUUCUUCCACCAGUCCACCAGAAUAUUUGACCGAGUCUUUCAGUUGGUACAGUUCAGGUGGAAUGACGCGGUUUACUUUGGCUGCGUGUUUGAAACCGCGAGUUGGGUAAAAGAUGUUAUCAACGAAAACGUAUAUUUCACCUACUACUACGUUUUCCGUAUAUUGUUCGUACAUAUUGGACCUUGCACCGCUCUGGUUGUGAUGAACGUACUUCUCUUCCGAGCUAUGAAGGAAGCCCAGAUUAAAAGAGACAGACUCUUCAAGGAAAAUCGGAAGAGCGAGUGCAAGAAACUACGGGAUAGUAACUGUACCACUCUCAUGUUAAUCGUUGUUGUAACAGUCUUCCUUGCUGUCGAGAUCCCCCUGGCGGUGACAACUCUGCUCCACGUCAUGCAAAAUGCGCUCGAAAUCCAGAUCGCCGAUUACAAUGACUUGAACGCCACCAUUCUAUUCACAAAUUUCUUCAUUAUGCUCAGUUACCCUUUUAACUUUGCUAUUUACUGUGGCAUGAGUCGACAAUUCCGAGAGACAUUUAAAGACUUGUUCGUGAUGGGUAAUCUCGUCAGCAGGCGUGAAAGUUCGUCGAGAUAUAGCCUAGUUAACGGACCACCAAAACAUUCAGCUCACGAGACUGUUUUAUAAAAGGUAAACCAUUUAAAAAUCACCACAGCAGAUAGAUGAUAAAGUAAGUAAAUGACUAAGACGCUAGUUAAUGAUACAACUUCAAAUAUUUUAUCUAUAACAAAACGAAAUAUUUAUUACCAAAAAAAGGUUAUACUGGACACGCAGUCUUACUGUUCUCGUCAUGAGAACUUAAGAACUUUAAAGUAGAGUGAAAAACGUUGUGGCUUCCUUUUACUGUCUUUCAUAAUAUAUAAUGUACAUUGAAGAGGUUAACAGGUUGAAAAGGUUAGAGAACAACGACCUUUAAACUCCAGAUAAUUAUAAAACCACUAUUUAACGGACCUAGUACGUUUAAAAUCUGGAUAUUACAUUUUUUUUGGGGGGGGGUACUAAUUUUAAAGCCUUGGUGUGAUUAUUAGGCAUUACUGUUUUGUGGAUUCCCAAAGUUCCGCUGUAAACCCCCCUCCAAUAGGUGGUGAGCUUACAAUAAAUCCUGGGGCUCAUUAAUGUAAGCUGACUUCACCACGAGGGGGUGUUCGAACACCGCAAUACAGUGUUUAGAUAUCCGUUCUGUUCUAUUGCUACGUACCCGUUAUAAGUUUGCAUGUUCAAUAGAUGGAUAUUAAGUGUA